UUGCUUUUCGUUUUUUAUUAUUUAGCCCUUUCUCUUAUUUAAUGCCCACUGUACAUGGCUCUAGCAUCUUGUACAUACUUGCUGUGCCAAUAUACACAAGGAAAUUAGUCACAUAUAUGUCAAAAUUACAAAAAAAGGGCCAAAAUCAUACAUGCAUGUCAACGGUUGACCUGGUAGGUCAUACAUAGUUUCGUCAUCCUACACAUGAUUGUCGUAACUUUAUACAUAAAAAGUCUAUAUAGUAUAUGUGGAUAUGGCUGAAAUUAUACACAAUGGUAAACAAUGAAAAGUACACAUGGCUUGACAUGAAAGACCUUGCGCAGUUUUACGUGGUUCUGUGAUUUUACAUCAUUGAUGUAAGUUCAUAUACCAAAAAAAGAAGUAACCAUGCGUGGGUGAAAUUUUAUCAAGGGAUAAAAUUAUGCUAAAAUUGACACAAGACGUGCUGGUACUCUACUUCAAAACGGGGACGAAAUAUUAAACCAUACUUCAAAACAAGGAGCGGGACAUAAAUCCCAGGUCAACAUGGAUUAUGUGACAAAUCCCAGUCCUACAAAGAGCAAGGAGAUAAAUUUCCCUAUUAUCUUUGGUUAAAUAGACUUGCAAGAAUAUCAGAGUGCACUAGCUUUUUCUUGCAACAAGCUGAAUAUAAAGAUUAAAACACCUCUUUUAAAUUUGAUAUUCUUGGUAUGUCAAAUAUUUGCGUUGAAGGAAUGCUUUAAUCGGUUUUGAUAGAAAAUUUGUACUGUGUACAUAGUGUAUUUAAUGGGAUCAUUCAAGUAUUUCAGAAUCACAUCUCGAGUCUUAUAGAAGAUAGAUAAAACUUUGAAGCUUUGAAAGGAUUUUGAUCGUUUUAAUUGGUCAUUUGCUAUUAAUUUUUAAAGAAGUUAAGCAAACAGUGACCAUAUAGUUGCAUGAUAGACAAUAUAAACUCAUUCUGAAAUAGAAAAAUGGGAGGGCGGAUGUCAGGUAGACAGCUGAUUCCUGAAAAGGGAUCGCUAUGAAACAAAGUCAAUCAUCAGGUUGUUACAAGCAAUGUUCCUAGUUUUCCUGUAGAGGGAGAAUAGCUUGGCAACUGAUGGUUACGACUAUACUUGCAUGUGGGAAAAACCUUUAUCAUGCAGGUCGAAUGUUAGUGGAUGAGCACAGAUUUUAGGGAUUUAACUUUACAUUAAUGAUGAAAACAAGUGGUUUUUGUUAAAAGUUUCUAUCAAUAUCUUUAUGAGUAUAUCAAGCAUCAACUGCCGAUCACAUGGAUUGUCCCCCUGUAUUUUGAAUUUAGCAUGGUGCUGCAUGGCAGCUGGAGCUCCUUUUGGGUCAUUGAAUUUUGGAAUUUUCUACAACCAUAUUGUGGCCGGUUUUCUCCAAUCUAAGAGUGCGCGUCAGCUGGAGGUCUUCAAACUAUAAGAAGUGAGAUAUUUUGGUCUUCUGAUGCUGUUCGAAUUAUGGCAACCGAUGUUCUUAGUUGGAACUUGUGAAUCAUUGUGGAAUCUGAUUAGGUUAUCUUGGAAGUACCGAUAGAAAGGUGCCAUUUAUUUGCAAAGAAUCGGGUAAUUCGAGGUUUCUUGUUGGAUGUUCCAUGCUUGGCUCGCUUGGUUCAUUUCGACGGUUUGCUGCCUGUCAGGUUGGAGAAUCGGUACUUUAGGUUUCUGAUUGUUUAUGUGGGAAAUCGAUUGCAGAUAUUGAGCUUUGAUAAGCACACUUCUGGUUGCUUUGGUUGGCGUGACCUAAAGUACCGCAGGAGAUGUUCGAACGUGGACCCGAUGUUUGAGCCUUAGGGAGGACGUAUCAUGUGUGAAUUGUCUCCUGAGUAUCUCAGGACCACCCAAAAGGUAAUGGGUAUUUCAGGGUUUUAAUUACAGAAUUAGUUCUGGGGCAGCCGUUCACUGUUGCCUGGAGGAAUGUACACCACGCAAGCUCCAAUGGACCAAUUGAAUAGGGACCAGGUAAAAGGCCAUCUCUCGUUUGCGACCAUUCGGUCAUCUGUUUCUCCAACUGAAACUCUCUUCUUGGACCUCUACUGCCAUUCUUCUCCAUGGCCACUGCAGCCUCUCCUUCACUCUCCCCCGUCAUCGUUCGUGGUCGGAAGUACAAAAAUCCUGUGAUCUGGCGAAUGCAUGUCAGAGCAUCCGAUUCUUCUGGAGGAUCUUCAUCUACUGGUGAAAAGAGAGAGCGCCGUGUUGAUACGAGGAUCCACUGGUCCAAUCCUGAUGAAGGGUGGAUUGGCGGUAAGACAACGCCAAAAACUGAAAGUGAGAAGAAAGAGGAGAUUUUGGGGGGGAGGUUUGCUGAGCUGAUAGACAAAUCGGCUGCCUCACACUAUCAAUUUCUAGGAGUAUCAGCAAAGGCUGACAUGGAGGAGAUAAAAGCGGCUUACCGAAGAUUAUCUAAGGAGUAUCAUCCCGACACAACAUCUCUCCCUCUAAAAGCAGCUGCCCAGAAGUUCAUACAACUGAGGGAGGCAUACAAUGUGCUGAGCGACGGGGAUAGUCGCAGGUUUUAUGACUGGACUUUGGCUCAAGAGGCCGAGAGCCGUCGAGCCGAGCGGAUGAGGAUGAAGCUGGAGGACCCAUACGAACAAGAUUUGCGAGACUACGAAUCAGUACCAGACACGGUGGACCGGCUCGGUGGAAAGAAUAUGAAACUCAGCGAUCAAGCAAUGACGGCCAUAACAAUUGAUGCAGUGAUUAUACUGUUCUCUAUCUGUUGUCUCAUCUAUGUUGUCUUUUUUAAGGAGCAGUAUUGAUAAGGUAAACAUUUCACAUUA